AUGUUUAUAAGAGUAGCUGAUGAAGGUAAACAAAAUGAAGAAACUAUUGAAAUUCCAGUUGAUGGGGAUGCUGAUGGAUCAGUUUCAUUGAGUACGCUUACUGCUCAAUUUCAAGGUGUGAGUGCAUUAAAAUAUCGCAAUUCUGAGUCGGGUGUGUGGAGAGGCGUUCGUGUAGUAGAUGGCAAACUUUAUCAUCCAGAUGGUGAAUGGGAUCCAAAUGCUAUUUAUGUUCCUGUAUAUUCAAAACCUAUGCCAUCGGAAAUUAAACGAAAAGGAUUUGAUGAGAACCAAGAUGAAACUAUGUCAACAUCUCUUGGACAAAUCAAACCGCAAAGAGUUGCGACCGAUUUUAUGAUAAAUAAUAAUGUUGAUUAUGAUGAUAUUGAUCGAAAUCGUCGUUGUGUUGAUUUAAUUGUACUUGGAAUAAGUUAUCGAAGUCUUGAAGAUGAUGUUAAAAAAUGUUUCGAAGAAUUUGGUGAAUUGGUCUUGUGUGAAAUUAAACGAGAUUCAAAUGGACAAUCACGUGGUUUUGGUUUUAUUCGUUAUAAAAAUUAUGAAUCUCAAUUAGCUGUUAUCAAUAAACGUCAUUUCAUUGAUGGACGACAUGUUGAUGUUAAAAUUCCAGAAUCUAAAGCAAGUCAUGAACCGGAAUAUACAAGGAAAAUUUUUAUUACUCAUAUGCCCGAUGCCAUUACAACUGAUGACUUACGACAAUACUUUUCCAAAUAUGGAACUCUUACCGAUAUUUAUAUACCAAAACCAGCACGUUCAUUUGGUUUUGUGACAUUUACUGAUUCAAGUAUUGUACGAUCAUUAUUAGGCAAACAUGUUAUAAAAGGUUGUACUGUAACAGUUGGAUUAGCUGAACCAAAAACAAAAUCAUACAAUAUCAAUGAUUAUCCAUCAUCAACAUUUAAAAAAGCGAAAUCGGAUCAUCGUGGUAUACGUACAUUUGCACCCUAUGCUGCUCCACCACCAGCAGCAUAUCCAUAUUAUCAUCAACAAUUUGAACAAGCAUCAAAUACUGAUAGGAUGUUUACAUAUUUUCAACAAUAUAAUGUUAGUACACCUAGUGCAACUAAAGAAGCAUUCCCUACUCAUCAACAAUCCUAUUGGAAUACUACAGAAGCAGCAGCAGAUGGUAUUUGGCAAUAA